CGGCGGACAGGAGCGGGACUCACCGGCGGCCAUGGCGCUGCUCUGCUUCCUCCUCGACCUCCGCAACAUCCCGCCUCCCCUCCUCCGCCUCCUCAAGCAGUGCCUGCUCCACCUCGCCAACCACUACGCCGCCACCCCCUCGCCGACCGCCUCCGCCGCCGCCGCCCCGCUCCCCGACCGCCUGGCACUCUGCUACGUCCACCACGACGCCGCCCGCUCCUCGCCCGAGCUCAAGAUUGCGUAUAGGCCUGGGGAGAAGUUCAACAUUCGAGAUUUCCACCAUGCUGUGGGAAAUUUGCCUCUGGAUGGCUUCCUUCAUGAACAACAUGCUGGAGACGUGCCAUUGCAAAAUCUGUUUAGCAACAGAGCCAUCUAUUCUUGGGCCACUGAUGACAUAUCCAAGAAAGUGAUUGCAAUAUGUUUUUCUGCACAAAACACAGUUGCGCUCCGAAGAUCACUUAUGGACGCAUCAGAACAGUGUAUUACAGUGGAGUUUGUGAUGUUGGAAACAGAGGCUGAUGCAUACAUGUAUGAUGAUGUUUCUGGAAACUCCAAUAAUUUCAUACACAAAAUCGGUGACCUUGAGAAUUGUGUGGUGCGGAGAUACAGUCCUGAGGCCCAAGUUUUGAAUGGGCUAGUCAAGAGGUGGUUAGAAGAGCUAAAUGAUGACAAGGAAGAAACACUGCAAGCUGUAUUUGUGUUCAGAGUUCCCAUUGUAAAAUCUGUCAAUCAAGUAUCUUGCAACAUAUAUCCAGCAGCAGAUCAGAUCAUUGAUGGUUUUCCAUAUUGCCAGAUAUGCAAGUGCCAUGGUCGCCCCAUAGAUCAUGUUACCACAAAUAAGGCAAAAUGGGUGUGCCCAACAACUAGCCGCCACCUUUCAGCUUCUGAUGUUACUGAUACUGCCGUGAAGAUUGGAGAACAGACUGUACUUUUUCUUCCCACUUCAGAAGGUGGUUCAGACAUGAGACGAGCCUCUACAUCCAUUUCUUUUGAUGUGAUUGAGCGCACUGAGUUAGCCUCGCUAAAUGAAGGAGUCAUAAUGGGGAAAUCUCAUGUUGUGAUUCCCAGCUCAAAUGAUGAAGUUGCUCUAACUGAUGAGAGCUUAGAUCAGAACACCCAGAUUUUCUAUGGUCUAUGUGAAACUCUUUUCAAGCUUGAUCAGGGACUUGUGUGCUCCUCCACGUGCAACACUGAAACAAUGAAAAUCGGAACUCUUGCGUGCUAUUAUCUUCUCCAACCAUCUGAGAAGGGACCAAUGCUUCUGAGGAGGCUCGCUGGAUCUGAAGAGAUAUUGCCUCUCCCAGAUGUGAGUCGACCUUGCAACUAUACUGUUGCCAAUGAUAUCAAGAAUUCUAUUGAAACCUCCUUAUCAAAGGUUGUUCUGAAAGAUUACAACCCUCUACAACAUGAAAGAGGUUUCCACUCGAAGCUGAAUUCUUUGGUGAAGGGUAGUCUUCAAUUUGGGUCGAUUGCCUACGCUGUGAAUGAUGCUAGCUAUCUGGACUCGUUCAGUGAACCACAAAUACCAACACUGCAGCGUCCGAGGGAAAACAUGUUCAUGAGCCAAAAGGAGAAGGCUCGAGAUGCUGACCGCAUUCAUGCGUUCAGCGAGCCACAGGCAUCAUCGUUUCGAGCUCCGAAAGACAAGCUCCCGGGCCAACCCAAGGAGAAGCAGCUCCCGAGCCAGCCCAAGGAGAAGGCAUCCCCCAGCAUCUCCGAGGAGUGGGAGAAGCUCAUCAUCAUCGAUGACGAUGACUUCUGCACCCCUGCCACUUCUUCCAGGGCCGUCGCCAGGCCUCCGAUCCCCAUCCUGCCGUCUCCGGUGAAGCCACUGGAUGAGAAAACCUCAAGGAUUCUGGAGCGACUGGAAGCCCCAAAGUCCAAGAAGCAGAGGGCUAGCAAGCCGCCCAGCACCAGCAAUACGCCGGCAUCCAGUCGUGGUGGCAGUAGCACACAGAUCAAGAAGCCGCUGCUGCCAUUUGAACCCAGCGCUAGCCAACCACUGAAACCUGCCUUCAACAGGCUAAGGCGAAAGCCUGCUGCUUAGCUCCAGUGGAUGGUGCCGGUGUAUAUUUAGAGACAGGAGAUAGCAUAUACUACAUAAAUUGACGGUCAAGUAUAUUAUUUAGAUGGUUGCCCAAGACAAUUAUAUUGAUAAGCAGCUUUUACAUAGUACAGACAUUGAACUGUGGCGCUCACUAAACUCAGGCAUAUUGUGAGAUCAGAUGGG